GUUGAUUACCGUAAACGUCUGAUAUGUUCUCAUUGGACGAAGCGCAAUAAUGCCGCGACCUGAUAAUAACGCGAAAGGUAAAGCUCGCUCGAGUCUUACUAGAUCCUUGGAUAACGAUAAUCGCGUCAUAUCCCGGCGCUCGUUGCGCGAUAAAGCGAAGGCUCUUUUGCGUUUCUCGUUUUAUAGAUCGCGAUAAAACUAGCACUAAGCACGAGCUUCCUGCAACGCAACAUUUUCAGUACUGGCAGUAAAUUUGGAAUAGUCUCAAUAUCACUUAUUGUGUGGAAAUGGAAAGCAACUGUAAUAAUGAGAAACCGCCUGCGAGACUGACUGAAAACUGAAACAAACCGCGGCAAAAUAUCAAUGUCGGACGAUGAUAUCGACAUCGAGAUCUCGACGAAUGUCACGUGACGUCAGGCAAUCGAAUGGUACAAAGUGAAGUGAGCGCGUAAUUGCGACUCUGUGAAUCGUACAUAACCUCAUCGUGUCACGGUGUCGACCACAACUCUGUUUCUAUCGACUUGCCUAAUAAGGCAAAAAAAAAAAAGAAAAAGCGAAGGGAUUGUCGAUUCCUCAACGGACAUCCACCGUUCCAGCUUCUCCCAUCCUUGACGUCCCGAAAAGGUCAAGCGUCUGUUCGCGAACAUACAAAUAAUGUCUGACCCGCGUAUAAGAACGCUCAAGAUUAAGACAGGAGUAGUGAAGCGUCUUGCGAAAGAAAAGGUCACAUACGAAAAGGAGGCGGCGCAGCAGCGCGAGAGGAUACAAAAGUUGAAAGAGCAGGAUAAAGAUGGCUACGACAUAAAGAAGCAAGAGGAGGUGCUUCAAGAAUCCCUUAUGAUGGUACCAGAUUGUCAGAGGCGUCUCGUUAAAGCAUUUGAAGAACUCAAGAAGAUCCUAGAAACUGAGCAAGAUUUAAAGGAAGUUGAAGAUUACAUUGAGGCUGAAAAAAUAUUACAGGAAGCAGAAGAACAGUUGCCGAAAGAAGGGGAUAUUUUGCAGAUGUGUUAAAAAAAAGUGCUCUUUAAUGACUUUCGCUAAAUUAUUUUCAAAUAUUUUCCAACA